AUGUUCUCUCCACAGACGAAGAGAGCCAAGCAGAGCUCUCGCAUUGACAAAACUCCACGACCUCGACUCGCUCCGUCGGAUUCCCCAGUAACUCCGGCGACCAACAAUCGCGAAUCGGCUCACCGUGACAAUUUCAUCUCAGAUCGUCCCGCCACCGGCACUCCCGCUCCUUGGGCUCCUCGUUUAUCUGUUCUCGCCAGAGUCUCUCCUGUCAACAUUGGUGAAAAAGGAGGUGACACAGACCAAUUAAAGCCUGUAUUCGUCGGAGACUUUCCUCAAUUGGUACGAGAUGAACAAGCCUGUAUCUCGAGGAAUAACACUCAUCCUGGUGAUGUAUGUGUAUCUGGUGGAAUGGAUACAGAGACCUGUCUCUCUUGGUUUAUCACUGGAAGUAAAGUUUUUGUGUGGAGUCACUUGACUAUGUUACCAUCAAGAAAAUGCGUUGUUCUUGAACUUCCUUCUGGUGUUUUGGGGAAUGAAGAGCCUGGUAGUGGUUUAAAAGAUGGUAAAAACUGGUUGGUUAGUGUUGUACCUUGGGAUACCUCUGCUGGUGCAGCAAGCAGGGCGGCUCGGUCUCGUAGUCCCGUUGGUAUUGUGAUGGUUAACAGGAAAACUCGAGCUGUUGUAUACUGGUCAGACAUCUUUUCUGGUCAAGAAGCUGCUCCUGUUACUAGUCUUGCAUCUAUGGGUAGAAAAAGCUCGCGGCAAAGCAAUAGAGCAGGAGAUAGUGAUUUUAAUUCUUUGAUUACUACAUCAGUUGGUGUAACAGAGCGUCUUUGCGUUGCUAUCGCAUGCAGUUCUAAUGGAGAGCUGUGGCAAUUUACUUGUAGCCCUGCAGGCGUUAAAAGUAAGCAAGUACAGUUAGAUGUCAGCUCUUCGUCCAUGAGUGAGGGGUAUCCGAGGUCCCUGGUCUGGCGUUUCUCGAAUGGAUUGGCAAGAGAGUCUUGUUGGGAGUUUUUGAUGUUGACGGAAUGCGACAUACAUUGUUUUACUAUUGAACCGUAUCCUGAUCUGACUGUUUCGAAAGUCUGGCAGCAUGAGAUUGUUGGCAGUGAUGGUGAUUCUGGUAUCAAGAAAGAUAUAGCAAGUCAAAAGCAGAUUUGGCCUCUAGAUUUGCAAGGGGAUGAUCAUGGUGAAGUGAUUACCGUUCUUGUUGCCACUAUCUGCAUGGACCGCGCCAGCAGUUCAAGCUAUACACAGUAUUCGCUUUUAACCUUGCGAAACAAAUUUGAGAGAUUUUCAGAUGGGAGAGAGGAAAGGGUUCUGGAGAAACAUGGUCCAAUCCAAGUCAUAAUCCCAAAAGCAAGAGUGGAGGAUAAAGAUUUCUUAUUCUCUAUGAAACUCAGAGUUGGUGGUAGACCCCCAGGUUCAGCUAUAAUUCUUUCAGGCGAUGGAACAGCCACAGUCUGCUACGGUGAUGGUAAUUCUACCCGGCUCUAUAAGUUUGAUUUACCUUAUGAUGCUGGCAAGGUCUUGGAUGCUUCGGUUCUUUCCUCAACUGAUGAACAUGGAUGUGGUGCAUGGACUCUGCUGACAGAGAAAGCCGGAGUGUGGGCAAUACCGGAGAAAGCAGUCGUGCUUGGUGGAGUUGAACCUCCAGAGCGAAGUUUGUCACGUAAAGGGAGCUCCAAUGAGAGGUCAGGAGAUGAGACAAGGAGCAUGCCAUAUGGUGUUGAUAGAACUAUUAGAAGGGAGAAUUCUGAGUUACAGAAUAGUACAGAGAGAGGAAACCAUAAAAUGGGGUUUACUCGUCAAACAGCUCGUGAUGAAGAGUCAGAAGCUUUGCUUGGUCACCUCUUUGAAGAUUUUCUGUUAUCGGGGAAAGUUGAUGGAUCCUUGGAGAAGCUUAGUCAGUCUGGUGCAUUUGAUAGAGAUGGAGAGAUAAAUGUUUUUGCUCGCAAAAGCAAAUCUAUAGUUGACACAUUGGCCAAGCACUGGACAACUACUAGAGGUGCUGAGAUAGUAGCUAUGACUGUUAUAUCUGCACAAUUGGUCGAGAAACAACAGAAGCAUGAAAAAUUUCUACACUUUCUUGCUCUAUCCAAAUGCCAUGAGGAGUUGUGUUCUAAACAGAGACAUUCUUUGCAAAUAAUCCUGGAAAAUGGUGAAAAACUUGCUGCAAUGAUUCAACUGAGGGAACUGCAAAAUUCAAUCAACCAGAGCCGCUCAGCCAGAUUUGGCUCGACACAUGCUGGCUCGGAGGAUCAAGUUUCAUGUGCCCUUUGGGAUCUUAUUCAAUCUGUAGGGGAGAGAGCCCGGCGUAAUACAGUUCUUUUGAUGGACAGAGAUAAUGCUGAAGUUUUCUACAGCAAGGUAUCUGAACUUGAGGAAGUAUUUUAUUGCCUGAACAGGCAACUUGAAUACAUAAUCAGAGCUGAACAACCACUCGGAAUCCAAGUGCAGAGAGCCUGCGAACUCUCAAACGCAUGUGUUACAAUUCUUCAGACUGCCUUGGACUACAAAAAUGAGCAUCAAUUGUGGUAUCCACCACUUGAAGGUUUAACACCUUGGCACUCUCGCCCUGUUGUAUCUAAUGGACUGUGGUGCAUUGCGUCCUUUAUGCUUCGUCUGUUAACGGAGGCGUCUAGGAUUGAUAUCUCUGCCAAAUCAGACAUAUACAUGCAUCUCGAAGUUCUUACUGAAGUUUUACUUGAGUCUUGUGCUGGUUCUACCACUGCUAAACUGGAGCGAGAAGAAGAGCACAAAGCUUUGCUUGAUGAGUACUGGACUCGACGGGACACCAUUUUCGACUGUCUUUAUCAACAGGCUAAAGAGUUUACGGAAGCAGAUUUCCAGGGCGUCAAAGAAAGAACUGAGAAUACAGAUGAUGACAUUUUCAGAAACCGUUGUUCAAACUUGCUUUCCAUUGCGAAGAGACAUGCAGGCUAUAAAAUUAUGUGGAAGAUAUGCUAUGAUCUCAAUGAUACAGGCCUUCUCAGAAACUUAAUGCACGAGGGUGUGGGACCACAAGGAGGAUUCAGUUACUUUGUCUUCCAGCAACUCUAUGAUAUGAAACAAUUCUCGAAGCUUCUACGGCUAGGAGAAGAGUUUCAGGACGAGCUAUCGAUAUUCCUAAAGCGACAUUCCGAUCUCUUGUGGCUUCAUCAGGUGUUUCUUCAUCAGUUCUCAUCUGCCUCUGACACGCUUCAUGCAUUGGCUCUAGCACAAGAUUACGAGUUACUGUCAACUACUGAAGAAAGAACGGUGCCAGACUCUGAAGAUGUACAACCAACAUUAGCAGACCGCAAACGGUUUCUAAACCUUUCAAAGAUAGCCUUUAUGGCAGAUAAGGAUGCUGAUUCGAAAUCGAAAGUGAAGCGUAUUGAAGCUGACCUCAAGUUACUGAAACUGCAGGAAGAAAUAACGAAAGCUCUUCGAAAAGAUGGAGAUACCAGAGAAAGCCGGCUGUUCCGACCAGAAGACCUCGUUGAUAUUUGUCUCAGCAUCCAGGGCCGGUGGACAGCGAUAAAGGCAUUCGAGGUGUUUUCCUGGACGAGCUGUUCGUUCCGCGAGAACCAUAAGAGUCUAUUGCAAGAAUGCUGGAGAAACGCCGCGGAACAAGACGACUGGGACAGGCUCCAUCAAGCCUCUGCUAAUGAAGGUUGGAGCGACAAAGAGACAUUGCAGAAUCUAAGGAGCACGGCGCUUUUCCAGGCUUCGAAAACGUGUUAUGGAACAAACCGAGCCAACGCUUUUGAUGGUGAUUUCGCGCAAGUCCUUCCCCUGAGACGAGAAAACCAGUAUUCGGGAUCUUCCGUGGAGGAUGUGUUGAUGAGCCACAAAGAUUUCGGUGAAGCGGGGAAACUAAUGUUGACUGCGAUCAUGCUGGGUUGCGUAGAAGAAGAAGGUGUCGUAGCGGAAGAAUUCUCAUCUCCAAUGGAGUAA